UGCCAAGAUGGUUGUUCUCUCCAAGGAGUAUGGCUACGUGAUCCUGACAGGGGCUGCCAGCUUCAUCGUGGUGGGGCACCUUGCCAUGAAUGUGGGGAAGGCCCGCAAGAAGUAUAAGGUGGAGUAUCCAACCAUGUAUAGCACAGAUCCUGAGCAUGGGCAUAUAUUCAACUGCAUCCAGCGUGCACACCAAAACACGUUGGAAACUUAYCCGUCCUUCCUGUUCUUCUUAGCCACCGGUGGAAUCUACCACCCCCGCCUUGCGACAGGGUUUGGCAUUGCCUGGAUCCUCGGGAGAAUCCUCUAUGCCCACGGCUACUACACCGGAGAUCCUAAAAAAAGAAUGAGAGGGGCCAUUGGUUCAGCUGCACUCAUUGGACUGCUGGGAACAGGGAUUCAUGCAGCUUUCCAGCACCUUGGCUGGGUCUGCCAGCACUAACUGGRCAGCUCAGUGGCUGCCCAGGAGACUGAAGAGAUUUUUCUCUUUUCAAACA